AUGGACACUAUUAAAUAAAAAUGGAAAAACUAUACACUUUAAAAGCGUCUUAAAGAUCUAUGGGAGGAUUACAAGAAAGUUUCAAAUUUGUCUGAGGAUCCGCAAACACUCAAGAAGUAAUAUGAAUUUUACUAAAAGAUUUUAACAAUUUCUCGAAUAGGCUAACAUAACAAUUAAGAAUUUUUUAAAAAGCAAUGAUCAACAGUUAGAAGUCAUCUUAGGUGAUGCGAAUUAAGUCUUGGUAGUAAUAUUGGAUUAUUUGAAUAAAUUUCCGGAAAUCUAAAAAAGGUUAUAUUUUGUUUAAACUAAUCUUUAGAAAUGCAGACCAAGGGCAAUUGGUUUAAGACAUUAUGGAAUAAUGCAUUUAAUUGGCUGAAUAAAUUUUGAGAGAACCAAAGUAUCGUAAAAGUGUUGAAAAUUCGCAUAAUGUAUUGUCAGAUUUUCUGAAUUUAAUUGAAAAAGCACAGAAGACUGAAUCCAAGGUUCUUAUCAUUAAGCUGAUAGUAUAAAUGUUUUUUUAACUAAGGUUUUAUUUUCCGAGAAUCUCAAUUAAAGGAUUGAAUUUUUUGAAUAAUAAGGAUUCCACAAAUUGCUCUCAAUAUUGAUGAAUAAGGAUCCACAACUUAAUCGAGUCAUAUCUAAAGCACUCUUGCAUUUUUUACUUAUAGAAGAUAUAAAUCAAGUUGUAAUAUGCAAUAUAGAGGAUAGUCAAGAAUAAACAAUCAAAUAAAAAUUCAGUAAAAUAGCAGGGUCACUGAGAUCCUUUGCAUUUCAAGGUAUUAACUCAAUAUUAACAUUAUAUUAGAACUCUCCAAAGUGUUUCUUCCCACUCAAAAUAAUAAGCAGUAGAGUAUAAAAUAGUUUUCAGUUGAAAAGAAGGAAAUUUUAACUUUAUAAUAAGCAAUAGAGUAAUAGAUAAGUUUGCAAUCAAUCUUUGAAGUUGAUUUAAGUUUUUACAUGAAUUCUCAAUCUAUAAGUAGAUCAACUUCAGAUUAGGAUCAAAAUAAAAAUGAAAUUUAUGAAAAAAUCAUCAGUAUUAGCAGCACUCCCCCAGAAAGACUUGCCUUAUCACUGACUUAAUCUGAAAGAUCUUAGUCUGAAGACAUACUUAAAGAAUUUCAAGUUCUUUAAGGCGGAUUCAAAGCCAUAUUAGAAACACUUGAAAAAGCCACAUCUGAAGUUUAAGUUGAUUUGCUUCAGACUGUUUAGCAAAUUCUUUAAAAUAAUGCGAGAAAUAAGAUUGAGUUUAAAAGAGUGAACGGCUAUCAAAUAUUAAGCGAUUUUAUUAGCCAUAAGGAUUUGUAGGAUGAAUAGUUUUAAUAAUAGUUUUAUAAUUUCUUAAAACAAAUUUCAACAACAGAAACAGAGAUUGAUGAUUUAGAUGCAUUUACCUUGAUGCUUGAAUUAUUACCUAUAUAACAAGAUAAAAUUCUAAGCAUCAUUUUUGAAGUAUUAAAUAUGAAUUGGAAAAAUGUUAUAAUUGCAAAGAGAUUAAAAUUGUACUAUUAUUUAGCCAUCAUUUAAAUGAGAUAAUACUUAUCAUCUGAUUAAAUUACUGAGAAGUUCUGCAACAUUGAUAACGAGUAUAUGUUUACUAAUUUUAAAAACAUUUUAGUCAAAGUUAAAUUUCAAUAGUCAGAUGAAUAAUGUCAAUAAUUAUUUCAACUUUAUGAAUAAUUAAAUUCAUUAGAAGGAUUUUAUAGUCUUGAAUUUGAAGCUAUUUAAAGUUAAUUAGCCAUUUUAUUUAUUGAUGACAUUGAAAAAUUUAAAUAGAUUGUUGGAUUUGCAUUCAAAAUGAUAGAAAUUAAAAUGAGUAAAAAAUGCAGAUAUAUGAAUUCCUUUGACCAUUAAAGUGAAUUGGCAUUUCGAAAUUUUAGUAUUAUCUUUGAUAAAAUUUAUAAUACAUUUUUGUAAGCCAAAAAAAAUAAUAUGCAAGAUGCUAAGGAUUAAUCUAAUUAUGUGUUUUUUAUAUAAAUAGUUGAAAUUAUUAAUUAGUUUUUAGUAUGUGAUCACAAUGUGUAAAAACAGGAAGUAGAUAUAUUUAAAAAUAUGGUUAGUUAAAAUAGAUGUGAGCAAUUUAUGAAUUUAAUCAAACCAAAUCUCAAAUUAAUUCAAAGUAAGUAGAUUCUAGAACUAUUUGAUUUUGAAUACAACGAAAAAAGCAAUCUAGCAAUUGCUCACUUAUAAUUCCGUUUGAAUUAAGUAAUGUUUAAUUCACUUGCAGGGAUCAUGAGACAUAAUGAUUUAAAAAUAGAACCUUAAAUGGUCUUAUAUUUAAUCUAUUCUCAAUAUGAAAUGUGGAAUGCUUUAGAGUAACAACCACUGAAUCCAAUAACCCCUUUAUUGGAAUUCUUAAUGGAUAUUUCAAAGUUAAAUCCAUAAUAUUUAUAAUGCAUUUCACACUUUUUUUUUAAAAUCAAAUUGCUAGAUGAGAACACACUUGUGAUUGAAAAUCUCAUAUAGUUUCUAAAGCAAAAUGAUUUUAAAAACUAAGAUUUAAUUGUAAAUAUGCUAAUUUCAAUUUGUAAGAAUUUGCCAUAUUAUUAUGAUAUGGCAAAUCUCUACCCUGUUUUAAUUUAAUAUAUAGAAUUAUACUUAAACAAAGUGGAUCUAGAGUUAUGGUUUGAUUUUGUAUUUUCAGGAGAAACAAUAAAAAAAUUAAAUGAAUAGAAUUAUGGGGCGACGAUGAGUGAUAUUCUAAGUUUGCUUUCAAUUCAUAGUAUGUUUUAAGACAAGGUGCUUGAUAAAAUGAUCAACGGAGAAUAUUUAACAAAUUCGUUUGCUACACUUUAGUAUGAAACAACAAAAGAGCAAAGCAUUAAAUUAUCAAACAUAUUAUACCUGCUUAAUGCUAAAAGUAACAAGAUAAAGGUAAUUAUUAUGAUAAUAUUAUUAGAAUCCAAUUUAUAGCAACAAAUAGAAGUUUUUUCAAUUGAUAUAGAAGUUAAUAAAUGCAGAUGAGUUUUCAAAUUAAUUAUGUAAUACUGUAUACAAACUUGUCUUUUGGAAUUUUGAUAGUUAUCAUCUCCUUUACACAGAAAACAGUAGUAAUGUUUCUUCAGUAAUGGGGAGAAGUGAGUUUGCAGAAAUCAUCUAAAAAACUCAGAAACAAUAUUUAGAAAAUAGGCAACCCAUUUAACACAUAACAAAUUUAGAAUCAUUAGAGUUAUUUUUUUUGAUGUUAGGCAAAAAUAAUUCUCAAAGUUACAUAAUAGAAGUUUUGAAAAUAUUUGAAUCGAUUUUGGAUAAUUAAAAUUUAGCUACUUUACUAGAUUCUAAUAUUAUUUAGAGUUUAUGUUUGUUGUUGUAAAAUACAGACAAGAGAAUUGUAUAGCAAAUAUAUAAAAUAAUAAGAACAAUCAUAUAAUAUGAUUUGAGUAAAUCUAGCAAAUUAAAGAUAAUUGAUAUAUUAAAAAGACAUGAUGAUGCUUCUCAUAUUUUAAUAGACUAUUUAAAAGAUUUAUUGUAAAAUCCAGUCAUAAAAAAUGAUUAUAUGACCUAUUUAAAAAAUUUCGAUUUUUUGGUAAAGAAUUUCGAGGAAUUAGUUGGUUUUAAUGAAGAAAUUGAUAUUUUAUUGUUCCAAAUAAUCAAUUUAAUGGCAUCUAAAAAUUCACCAGAAAUACGAUCAGUAUUAAAGCAGCUAAAUCUAUUUGAAUUUAGAGAUAAUUUGGCAUUGUAAAUAAUAAAAUACAAAAUGGAACCUUAAUAGUUAAUGGAUAUUCUAUCAGGAGUUCCAUUUGCUUAAUUAUGUAAUAGUAGAAACUUUAAAGAAUCUCAUUGCAUGGCUUAUUUAUUGUAGAGAUUAAUUUAACACAAGGAUCAUUUUGGUUUAACACUCCUAAUUAUUAAGAUUUUAAAAUACGAUAUUUCAUCAAUAGAGGAUAAUAGAAAGUAUGUAAGUAAGCUUCUGCAAAAUGAUUAAUUGAUCAGUUUCUUUUAUCCUUAAAUGUUAAGAAAAUCAAGCAAAAGUUUAAAAUGCUUUGAUUAAGAUGAUCAAAAAAAUUAAAGAUCUAACUCGCCAGAAACAGAUGCAGCAUUUUCUCAGAAUAUGACUGUAGAUCAAUUUCUAACCUUAUUUUUCAGUGAUAAAUUAUAGGAUGAACGAUAACAAAUUAAAUUAACUCUAGAAAGAGCUCUUAUUCCAGUGGAAAGCGAAUACAAGAAAUAAAUUAUGAAAUAUAAUAUGAAAAAAUAGAAUCGAUUAGCUAAAUUAUCAGAGCAAGAGUAAAGUGACAAUUUAAGAGUAAGAUAAAAUUAAUUAUUUAGAUUUAAACUUCUAAUAAUGAUUGGGAAUUUAAGAUAUAAUCUCGUUUAAAAAAGAGUAAUGAACGAUCAAAAAUGAGAAGUCAAAAAUAAUAGGAAUAGUUUGAAUAAUUAUUGGCUGAUGGUGAGAACUAAUGGUUUAAAUUGUGUUUAGGAUAAUGA